GCUGUGGGAUGCGAGCGGGGAGUGGAAGAAACCUGAACCCAAAAGGCGCCCACCCCCUUUCCCCGCUCCCGCCAGCCUCUGUGCUGCGGCUGCACCUGGCGCCUUGGCAGGCUGGGCACGUUCCUCCCCGCCCGGCCCGCACGCCUUCGUCGGCCGGCCCCCAACCGGGGCAGCGCACGAGCCUGGCUCGCGGCGGCGGCGAGGGGGUGUGGAAGGCGAGGCGGGCGCCUGUGUGCGGCGAGAGCCGUGGGGAUCGCGGUGGCGGGCAGCCCUGUCGGGAGGCGCGCGCCGCCGCUGCCCUCCUCCUCCUCCUUCUCCCGGCCGGUGCCACAAGGCGAGAUGCAGGCGCCGGAAAGAAAGCGCGCGCGGGAGAGACGGCGAGCAGCUCCCCGCGUCCCCUUCUGAGGGCGCCUCCUUCGCCGUUGUGCAGCCCAGCCGUGCGCCUCAGGGCCCGUCCAAAGCUGCGGAGGCGCGUCUCCUGAGGGGCUGAAAACGGAGAUGGAGCCAGAAGGUUGCCCUCAUUCUUCUUUUCAAGUCAAAUGUCACAUUGACUCAAGGACAGUGCUGGAAACAUGUAGUGAGUUGCAGCGUGUGGAUCCCAUUCAGUGCACUCUUCAACCUGGAAGAAAGCCCAAAACCAAAUGCCAUUUGGCCAAAAAGCAUCCUCUGCCAAAACCCCAAGUACCUCCAAAACCUGUUCAUCUCCAGCCUGCCGGGCACGAGAAGAUUCCUCCAGCACCAUCUAGGCCUUUGCCAGCGGAUCCCAAGUCAACAAGAAGCCCAGUGCCUGAAGAAGAAACAACACAGACCUCACCAGACAUUAACAGACUCAUUGAAAAAUUCGAAAGUAUUAGGAGGCCCAUCCAUGCUGUUCAAAGAAACCAGUUCAACUUAGCUUUUAAAAUGGAACCUGAGACAGACUCUUCCAAACAGUGUUGCCCAAGCAUCUGUGAUGCGGUAGGUUCCACUGCAUCUUCUACCAAUGAAAAUAAAGAGCUUGAUGACAGCGAACCUGGCAUGUUGUGUAGCACUGAACUGUCUAACACAGACAUAAUGAAAAUUAAAGAACUAAAUAUAGAUGAUGGCACAAGCGCUGAAGAUGGUGCUGAUGUGCAGGUCAGCAAAGCCCCCACGGAAGAGCUUGUACCUAAGGACUCAUCCGUGGAGCUGAACAGUAAUGGUAAAAUUCCCAAUAGGGACAGUGGGAUUGACAGCCCUUCUUGUAGUGUGGCGGGAGAGACUUUCCUGAAUGAAGACGGUGCGGAGCAGAAAAAGGUCAUUGUGACCGGGAACCCAGCGGAGGUGGAGACGGACAAAAAGAGUGCCAGGUUUUCCGCUGGAGAGCAGAAAAGAGACUCUGCUCAGGAUGAAGACAGUGACAUAGAUGAGGGAAGCAGUGAGGAGCAAGAGACAGCGGAGGUGCCAAAACUGGAAUGUGUGGACAUUAACAAGUGUUCGGAGCCACAGAAGCUGUUUAACAUUGCAAGUGAACUUCUUCAUACGGAAGAAGCUUAUGUUAAAAGGCUUCAUCUUCUGGAUCAGGUUUUUUGCACUAAAUUGUUUGAGGCGGGGAUUCCACCCGAUGUGGUAACAGGAAUCUUUUCAAAUAUUUCUUCCAUCUAUCGCUUCCACGAACAGUUUCUUCUGCCUGAGCUCAAAACAAGGAUUACAGAUGAGUGGAAUACAAACCCAAGGCUUGGAGACAUCGUCCAAAAACUUGCUCCAUUUCUGAAGAUGUAUGGAGAAUAUGUAAAGAAUUUUGACAGAGCAAUGGACAUGGUGAACACAUGGAUGCAGAGAUCUGUUCCUUUUAAAGCUGUUAUUCAAAACAUACAGAAAGAAGAAAUAUGUGGAAACUUGACAUUACAGCAUCACAUGCUGGAACCUGUACAGAGAAUUCCACGCUAUGAGCUUCUCCUAAAGGAUUACCUAAAAAAACUUCCUGAAGAGUCACUAGACCGAAAAGAUGCUGAAAAAUCACUGGAGCUCAUUUCUACUGCGGCAAACCAUUCAAACGCAGCCAUCCGAAAGAUGGAAAAGAUGCACAAGCUGUUAGAAGUGUAUGAGCGCCUUGGAGGAGAAGAGGAUAUUGUUAAUCCAGCCAAUGAAUUGAUUAAAGAAGGGCAUAUUCAGAAACUGUCAGCAAAGAAUGGCACCGCUCAGGAUAGGUAUCUAUUUCUGUUUAACAGCAUGGUGUUGUACUGCGUGCCCAAACUGAGAUUAAUAGGCCAGAAAUUCAGUGUGCGAGAAAAGAUCGAUAUUGCAGGAUUGCAGGUCCAGGAAAUCAGCAAGCAAAACGUGGCUCAUACAUUCUCAAUAACAGGAAAGAAGAGAUCAUUGGAGCUACAAGCUAGGACAGAAGAAGAGAAGAAAGAAUGGAUCCAGGUCAUUCAAGCAACAAUUGAAAAACAUAAACAGAACAGUGAAACGUUUAGAGCUUAUAAUAGCUCUUUUUCUCAAGAAGAUGAGCAUCUCCCAGAUUCAUCAAUAGCGAGCACCAGUUCUGUGGAAUCCAUGCCAGGAACAGAUGGUAGCAGCACAUCUGGAGGGCCUGAGUGUUGCAGAAAAUCCUCCAAAUCAAAGAGAGAAAAGGAGAAGCAAGCUUGCAAAAGCUGCAGUGAAAGCUUCAACUCCAUUACAAAAAGACGUCACCAUUGCAAGCAAUGUGGGGCAGUUAUCUGUGCAAAAUGCUCUGAAUUUAAAACACUUGCUGAUAACAGCCGCCACAACCGAGUGUGUAAAGAAUGUUUUCAACUGCCAUCAGCAACCCCGUGUGUCUUGGGCAAUGAAGGUGCAGGAGAACAAAAGAAAAAAAUGGCAACGGAGAAGCAAAGCGUUUUGGGAGCAGAAAGCAGCCUUUUCAGCAGUCACCUCCUGUUCCAAGAAAAAGGAAAGACUUGGUGUAAAGUUUGGGUCACCAUCCCUAAGGCUGAACCUCUCGUCUUAUAUCUACAAGGAGGCAGUCAGGAUGGACGGAUUCCACGAAGCAUACCCCUACCAGGAUAUGAAGUUGAAUUUCCGCAUUCUGGUGAGAAGUUUGACUCAAAACAUGUUUUCAAACUCUGCCAGUCCCAACAGACUAUGUAUUUCAGUGCAGACGAUGAAGAGUUGCAAAUAAAAUGGAUGGAUAUUCUCACCAAAGCAGCUAAAGGGGAGAUUUAUGAUCCAAGUGAAGGAGCCAGUGAGCCCUAAAGCCUUUUUCUGGGGUCCAAGAUAUAUUUUGGGAGCAGGGGGCUGAACUCGAUAAUCAUGGCACUUUCAAAAUAUGUAUGGUUUUCUCCCCACCCCCUUAUUAUUGUACAUUCAUCACAUACAGUACUGAUUGUCUGGCAUAUAUGUUAGAUGGAAAAAGUAAGUGUAGUAAUUAAUGGUGUUCUUGUUGACAUUGAUGGAAAAGAAAAGGAGCAAGCAUUAAUUUUAUUGAAAGUAACUGCGGAAAAAAAUCAUAAUUCAAGUUAGCCAUCUUCAAAUACCUAAAGGGCUGUCACAUGGAAGAUGGAGCAAGUUUGUUUUCUCCUGCUCCAGAAGGUAGGACCCGAACCAGUGGCUUCAAGUUACAAGAAAGGAGAUUCCGUCUAAACAUCAGGAAGAACUUUCUGACAGUAAGAGCUGUUUGACAGUGAAGCAGACUCCCACGAAACCUGGUGGACUCUCCUUCCUUGGAGGUUUUUAGCAGAGGUUGAUGUAUGAUCUCGUUGUGAUUUCUGCAUUCCAGGGGGUCCAUUCCAUUGGACUAGAUGACGCUUGGGAUCCCUUCCAACUCUACAGUUCUAUGAUUCUCUUACUCCACUCCCUCCCCCUGUAUUUUUCUUCCUUUCAGUUGCUGUUUGAGUGAAGGAUAUGUAUAGUUCGUGCGUUACAAAAGUGCUGCCUUUAAGUUAAAUGUUGUACAAGGCUUGUGGCUGGCCACUGACAUGCUGUUUUCUGUCUUCUGUUUUGGGAUUUUUAAAAAAAAUAAUAAUGGUCUCCUCUGUGCUGUAAGAACAACGUGAUGGAUCUGUUUCUUUUGGUAACUCUGUCCUUUCUUACAAUGACUUUUUUCACUAGACAGAUACUGUAGAAUACGUUUGUAGAGUUUUCUGAAAGGCAUUGUGGAAGACACCUUGAAAUCUCAAAUAUCAAGUAUUCCUAUAUAUAUAUAUAUAUAUAAAUAUAAAUAUUUUGUUUUUGUUUUUUACUUUUACCCACACUUUUCUUAUUUCUUUAUACAACCUCCUUUUUAAUGUAUGCAAUCAAAUGUUUUACACUGCAAACUGGGAUGUUCCAAAUGAAUGGACAGUUUUAGUACACCCAGUAAAGGUGACCUUUUUUAGGACGAUUAACUUUUUUGAGUAAUCAAGGAUUUAUUUAUAUAAUUUGUAAAUACCACAUGUUAAGCUUCUUCUUUUUUUUUUUUACAAAAGUGAUCUAACUGAAACUUAGUCUGUCAGUUAAGACACUUGUAUAAAUUGAAUUUGUAAUUCGUUUCCUGUGUACUUUUGUUUGCAAAAAUAUUUAUGUAUGCAAAUAAAAACCCAUGCCAUUGA